CCGGCUUGUAGGAGGUGAAACUCAAUGAAGAAAAUCGGCCGACAGCUACAAGUGAAACAGGUGAAUUGGCUCUUAAUUUUCGACACAAACAAGCAAAAUCGGUUCGUGCACUUCUCGUAAAAACAGUAUCGCAUCUACUUCUACUUCUCUCCAUACUUCCUGUACUGAAGAGCCCAUCUGGAUGAGGAUAGCACAGACCCCACCUGAAAGAACCCUAAGUCGAAUACUAAAGGCCCCUGUUUUCUCUCAAUUUACUCAAUUCAACACAGUACUACUUCAUCAAAAUUAUUGGAUUUGAGACGUUCACGACAUUUCUUCCGUUGCUAGAAGCGUAGACUUUUAGAAGAUCAGCAGGGUGGUCGUGUGCUAACAUAAAUUUUUCUUGUGCCGCAAACUCAAACUACAGAGCACGCAGACAGACUCAGGUAGACUGCUAAGGCGCUACUCUUCUACUCAGUAGACAGAGUUGUAGACAGACUCAGGGAGACUAGGAAGUCACUACUCUUCCUCCAAACGAAAAGAUGACAAACAGGAAAGGGAAGCUUCGUGAAAAACAUUCCAUGUCUCCGAGCAUGGAAGACAAAGGCGGACCUGCGCCACCUGGUGCUUCGGAAAUCGUGUCCGAGAAAGUGACGCAGGAGAAAUCUCAGCCGAGUCGAAUCUUGAACAAGAGUACAACUGCUCAUUAUUUGUUGUUUUCAAACUCGAAAAAAAUAGACAUCACUAUCUGUAGUACUUUUAAUGUUGAUUCGUCAACAUUAUUGUUCUCAAGAUUUGGCCCGACUAGUUACAUAUUUUAUUCAUAUGUUGACUUGCCAAGAAUGUUGUUGGUUAAGCAGGUGACAAAGACAAUACUUCGAGUAUGAAGUCGGUGGAUUUGCGACAGGCGGCGGAUUUGCGGGUGGCAAAUACUGAUGGAAAUUCGAGCAUCAAGUCGACAAAGUUGCCAAAAGCGAAGCCUGGAGCACGUGUGUUGGACGGUACUCCCUCUCGAGCAUACUAUACACGAUGUGAGUACAACUCUCCAGUAGACAUGAAGACCCUUCUGCCCAUAUUGUAUUACUUAUAGUGUUGAACGAAAAACGAGAACGAUACUCUUUUUUGUGACGCAAAAAGUGUAAAAAUCAACCAUCUGUAGUACUUUCAAUAUUUGCUCGUCAACGAUUUGCUGGUCACACAGAUCUAAGAUAUAUUAUUUGAUGUUAUCCUUCCUAAAAGGUGAAACUGGCAAGGCUUCGAGUAUGAAGUCGGUGGAUUUGCGAAAGGCGGCGGAUUUGCGGGUGGCAAAUACUGAUGGUAAUCCGAGUAUCAAGUCGACAAAGUUGCCAAAAAAAAAACGUGUGUUGGACGGUACUCACUCACCGAAGCAUGCUAUACAUACAAAUCAUUUUGAUAGAACUUUCUAGUAGACAUGAAGAUUCUCCCAUCCAUGUUGUCCUGUUCUUAUAGUAUUAAAGGAAAAAUGAAAUUGAUCACUCCCAAACCAUCUUCUAGGUGAGAGCGUGAAUAUGCCUUCUACUGAAACUUCGGAAGCUUCGAUUAUCGCGGAUUUGCGAAAAGAGACGCCUGAAAAUAAUGUGUUCAGUGGUACGACUGAUAUUCAUUAGAUGAAAUAUUUACAGCGAUGUUGCUCGAUUUUUUCUUUUUUUAUCCUAUUCUUUCAUAAUACUACCUAGUACUCCAUCUACUAGUAUUACUGUUCCUUUUGAUCAUAGAUCUAGGUCGGAAGCACUUCUGAAAUUCGUAAACCAUCAAAGCCGACAUUUCUCUAUCCUCGUCUUCAUUUCAACUUCUCAGACGCGGUCCUCUUUAACGUCGUUGCGACGGACGUGAAAGGCGCUCUCCGGAUAUUGGCCGCCGGUGAUCGCACUUCGGUAGGCGUGCACAGUACUUUGGGCGACGGUGAUGGCACCUCGGUAGACGGUGACAGCACUUCGGUAGACGGUGAUAGCACUUCGGUGGAACUGGACACUACUUCGGUGGAACUGGACACUACUUCGGUGGAACUGGACACUACUUCGGUGGAACUGGACACUACUUCGGUGGAACUGGACACUACUUCGGGAGACGUCUACAGUACUUUGUUAGACGGUGAUAGCACGUCGGCAGACGUCGGCAGUACUUUGUUAGACGGUGAUAGCACUUCGGCAGGCGUCGGCAGUACUUCGGCGGAUAGCACUUCGGCAGACUUCGGCAGUACUUCCGCGGAUCGCCGUUUGGUGGACGUGGACAGCCCAUUAG